CCCGGAAGCGGCGUGUCCCAUCCCCGUGCCGGCCUCCUUGCUGGGGGUGAGGCUGCAGCGGACUGCCCUUCCCCAAGAUGGCGUCAAAGGUGGGUUCGCGACGGUGGAUGCUACAGCUGAUCAUGCAGUUGGGUUCGGUGCUGCUUACACGCUGCCCCUUCUGGGGCUGCUUUAGCCAGCUCAUGCUGUACGCUGAGAGGGCAGAGGCGCGCCGGAAGCCUGACAUCCCAGUGCCCUACCUGUACUUCGACAUGGGGGCUGCUGUGCUGUGCGCUAGCUUCAUGUCCUUUGGGGUGAAGCGGCGUUGGUUCGCGCUGGGGGCCGCACUCCAGCUGGCCAUUAGCACCUACGCCGCCUACACUGGGGGCUACGUCCACUACGGGGACUGGCUAAAGGUCCGUAUGUACUCGCGCACAGUUGCCAUCAUUGGCGGCUUUCUCGUGCUGGCCAGUGGCGCUGGGGAGCUCUACCGCCGGAAACCUCGCAGCCGCUCCCUGCAGUCCACCGGCCAGGUGUUCCUGGGCAUCUACCUCAUCUGCGUGGCCUACUCGCUGCAGCACAGCAAGGAGGACCGGCAGGCGUAUCUGAACCAUCUGCCAGGAGGGGAGCUGAUGAUCCAGCUGUUCUUCGUGCUGUAUGGCAUCCUGGCCCUGGCCUUCCUGUCAGGCUACUACGUGACCCUGGCUGCCCAGAUCCUGGCUGUGCUGCUGCCCCCGGUCAUGCUGCUCAUCGACGGCAAUGUUGCCUACUGGCACAACACACGGCGUGUAGAGUUCUGGAACCAGAUGAAGCUCCUUGGAGAGAGUGUGGGCAUCUUCGGGGCUGCCGUUAUCCUUGCUACUGAUGGCUAAGUUGCAUGUCAAGAGGCUGAGCUGAGUGCAUGGAGCCACAGAGGGCCACCCUGCCUUCCUCCUUGCUGGCCCGGUUGCUGUUUGUUUGUCCUUUUUGAUCUGUUUGUUUGAUACUUUGCCUUUUUUGCGUUGGUAGGAAGGAGGUCCCUUCCCCAAAUUCCUGGGCUCAGCCCUUGGGAGGGUGGGCGCCUGAUGCAGUUGCUUCGUGGGUUUGUUCCUGUUCAUUUGAAGGAGAGCUGAGAGCCAGCUGUGCCCCCAGACCUCCUGUCCCUGAUAAGGGACUAAGGCAGGGCUGGGGUGGGGGCUCUGAGCAGUGGGAGACAGAAGAAGGAAGAUGGAAAACUAGAAGUGAGCAAAUAUGAAAAAUUCCUUUUUGAACCUGGAGGGUGCAGCUAGGCUCUGCAGUGCUUUGCAGAGGCUGAGAGUGGGUGUGUGUGUUGGCACAUAUGUAUCAGGCCCCGGACGAGCAGAGGGGCCAGACACCACAGAAGUCACAUGGGUUCUCAGGUUAUGCCCGGCAGACAGUAUCAGCCCUUUACCGCCCACUUGGAGAGCAGUGCAGGCCCUGUCUGCUCUGGAGUGUGCAGAGGUGGGGCAGGCAUCAGCCAGCUCCCUGCCUCUUGCUGUCUGUUUCCGGUUUUGUGGUUGGCCUGGUGAGAGUGGAGUGCCCUCCCAAACACCAGACCACACAGUCCUCCGAAAAUAAACAUUUUGUAU